UAGGAUCAUGACUCUAGGCAAACUGUUUACUAAUGCAGUGAGGGGCCUAUUUAUAGUCUCAGCUGCUUCUCCAGUUUACCAGGACGGGGGCAGGGUGGCUCCCCAGAGCAAGGGUGCUAGCUGGGACAAGGAACAAUCCUCCAUCUAGGUGGCACUGCCCAGACCCCUGAACCCGCCAUGGCAGGGGAAACCUUCCCUUUCACAUCUUCCACAAAGCGUGCUCUCCGCUUACAGAGAGAGUGGCUGGAAUGGGAGGACAGGAGGCGGGCUGCUGCUCAUAGAUGUCAAAGCCAGAGGUUCCGCUCUAGUCCCCAGGCUCGACUCACCAGGAGCCGCCGCUCCUGCCGAGACCCAGCUGUCCACAAUGCCCUGUUCUCUGGGGACCUACAGCAGAUUCAAAUCCUCUUCCAAGAUGAAGAGACCGCCAACAUGAUUGUGGAGACUGUGAGCAACCAGCUGGCCUGGUCAGCAGAGCAGGGAUUCUGGGUGCUGACUCCAAAGACCAAGCACACAGCACCUCUUACCAUCGCUGUGGCCAGAGGCUACAUAGACUGUGCCCGGCACCUUAUCCUUCAGGGGGCUGAUCUCGAUGCCCGGAUUGGAGGUCAUGCUGCCUUGCACGAGGCCUGUGCCCAAGCCCAACCUGACUGUGUUCGGCUGCUGCUCACAUUUGGUGCUAAGGCUAAUGUGCAAUCUGAGGACGGUAUGACCCCCUUGCACCUCUGCACAGCUCCUGAAUCCUUGCAGUGCGCCAAGUUGCUGUUAGAUGCUGGAGCAUCUGUGAAUGUGGCAUCACGGGAGAGCGAAGUCACACCACUGCAUGUGGCUGCAGCUCGUGGCCUGGAGCAACACGUGGCUCUCUACCUGGAGAAUGGUGCAGACGUGGGUCUGCGCACCAGCCAGGGCGAGACUGCACUGAACGCAGCGUGCGCUGGAGCAGAGGGGCCAGGUAGCUGCCGACAGCACGAGGCAGCAGCGCGACAGCUCUUGGAAGCCGGGGCUGAUCCUCGGGCUGCAGGUCGCAAGCGCCACACACCACUACACAACGCCUGUGCUAAUGGCUGUGGAGGCCUGGCUGAGCUGCUGCUGUGCCACGGGGCCAGCACUGGAGUCACCAAUGGGGCAGGCCACACACCCAUGGACUGCGCUCUGCAAGCGGUACAAGAUGCCCCCAACUGGGAGCCUGAGGUCCUCUUUGCAGCUCUGCUGGACUACGGGGCCCAACCUGUUCACCCUGAGAAGCUGAAACACUGUGCUAACUUUCCUCGGGCCCUGGAAGUCCUGCUUAAUGCCUAUCCAUGUGUUCCUGCCUGUGACACCUGGGUGGAGGCCGUGCUCCCAGAACUGUGGCAGGAACAUGAAGCCUUCUACAGCUCAGCCCUAAGCAUGGAAAACCAGCCAAGACGGCUGCAGCACCUGGCCCGCCUGGCUGUCCGUGCUCAGUUGGGUAGCGACUGUCGGCAGGCGGCCGCCCAACUCCCACUGCCCCCACUGCUCAGAGACUACCUGCUGCUGCGGGUAGAGGGACAAAUCCAGUGAGCUCUGAGCGGGCCACUUCUGC